UGCUACAAUAAUCCUCAGAUAGAUAAACAUUUGACUUACCUCAUUUCUUUUCAGGGAAUUGAAGGUUGCCUGUACAAAUGCCUUAGCCGGUAGAAAAUUUACACAAGAAAUUGGCGUUGAAAAAGUGGACAAAUCAUUAGUUGCAAAUUUUGAAAUACUUAAUUUAGUUCCUGAUCUUAGUACGUACUCCAAUUACACAGAUGUACCUUCAUCAACAGCCACCCAGGUGAAGUGGAAAAGAGUGGGAAUCGUGUCUGGUAGAUCGGUCAGACUGGACACCAUCAUCUGGCCCGGUGGCGACCUCUCGGUGGCCGCAGUUUCUUCCAGACCCAGAACCAUCUUCAGGGUGGUCACUGCGUUAGCACCGCCUUUCGUGAUGGAGAGCGAAUUAGAUGAAGAUGGUCAGUGUCUCAGGGGGUUGCCAUGUCACCGUGUUCUGACUUCCGACAAGGACAACCUCACCUUGGUGUUCAACGAAAUGGCUAGACUGGAAGAAGAGGAAGAAGAACAGGAAGAAUCCGCUACGACAGAAGAAAAGGCGAGCGCCUACUACUCAGAUUACGGUGAAGAUGACGACGAAGAAAGAUUCCUCCCUUUCCAGAAGUUCAAAUAUCGCACAAAUUGCUGUUACGGUCUCUCGAUGGACCUACUCGAAAACGUUGCUCAAGAAUUAGAAUUCGAUUUUAGGUUGUACAUAGUCGCCGACGGCAUGUUUGGGUCAAAUACUGUCAGAAGAAAAAAAGGAAGGAGUCGAAGGGAUGUGGGGAAGAAGUUCCUCAGUUACAGUCGAUUGAAGGAGGAUCUGACGAAGUACCCCAGCAGGAAACUGGCUGGUAUGACCCGUUCAUCCUCUUCGUUUAACGAAGAUUCUGAUGACCAGUGGAACGGGAUUGUUGGUGAUUUGGUGAGUGGUGCGGCGCACAUGUCAUUUGCUGCAUUGAGCGUGUCCAGUGCACGAGCUGAAGUGAUCGACUUUAGUGUACCAUACUUCUUCAGCGGGGUUUCGAUUCUGGCCGCACCACAGCAAAAGUCUGAAAUUCCGCUGAUGGCUUUCCUGUUGCCAUUUUCACCAGAGCUGUGGAUCGCCAUUUUUACCAGUCUAAACAUAACAGCUAUCGCCGUCGCCAUAUACGAGUGGCUGAGCCCCUUUGGGUUGAACCCAUGGGGCCGACAACGUUCCAAGAACUUCAGCAUGAGCUCCGCUCUGUGGGUGAUGUGGGGUCUUCUUUGCGGCCACUUGGUGGCGUUCAAGGCUCCCAAGAGCUGGCCAAACAAGUUCCUCAUCAACGUGUGGGGAGGAUUCUCUGUGAUAUUCGUCGCUAGCUACACCGCCAACAUUGCUGCGCUCAUCGCUGGAUUGUUUUUUCACAAUACCCUGACAUACGAUGGAAGCCUGCUGAAUCAGAAGGUGGGUACUCCACGUUCCUCAGCAGCAGAGUACUACAUUCAAAAAGCUAAUCAGCUGUUAUGGCAUCACAUGCGGAAGUACUCCUUGCAAAACAUCGACGAAGGUGUGGUGGGACUGCGUAAUGGUAGCCUCGAUAUCCUCAUCGCGGACACACCCAUUCUGGAUUAUUAUAGAGCUACUGAUCAUGGUUGCAAGCUACAGAAGAUCGGAGAUACCAUCAAUGAGGACACAUAUGCCAUAGGCAUGACCAAAGGGUUUCCACUGAAGGAUAGCAUAUCGGCAGUGAUUGCAAAAUACUCAAGUAAUGGCUAUAUGGACAUCCUGCAAGAAAAAUGGUACGGCGGCCUACCGUGUUUCAAACUGGCCCAAGAAAUUGCACAGCCGCGCCCGCUAGGUGUCGCUGCAGUCACAGGCGUCUUCAUAUUGUUGGGCGUUGGAAUUUUAUUGGGGGUAUUAAUAUUGCUAGUGGAGCACCUGUUCUUCAAAUAUACGCUCCCCGCGCUCAGAGAGAAACCCAAGGGGAGCAUAUGGCGGAGCCGGAAUAUCAUGUUUUUUAGUCAGAAAUUGUACAGAUUUAUCAACUGUGUGGAGUUGGUAUCCCCUCACCAUGCUGCUAGAGAACUCGUACACACCAUUAGACAAGGACAGAUAACAAGCCUAUUUCAGAAGAGUAUCAAAAGGAAGGAACACGAACAACGCAGGCGUAGAAAGAGCAAAGCACAAUUUUUUGAGAUGAUACAGGAGAUAAGGAGCACUCUUCGCAGACAGCAACAAGAAGAACGAGAACCAAAACUGGAGUCACUAACCGAAGUUGAUUCCGAGUACCAACUCUCACCAGACGAAAGGAGGACAAAACUAAGUCCCAGUAUCAUACGAAGGACAUUCCUUAGGUCCAGUCCCAAGGCAGAUCAAGCUGGAGGCAAGAAGUCUCCAACGACCUAUUUCAACAGACAAUUAUUCAGUCCUCGCUCCAACAACAAAGCGAAAAGCUCCACCACUCUAAACGUACGUCGUUUCAGUACGGAUAGUGUUUUCAAUUCACAAACCUUGAAACAGGAUCACAGUACUGCAGUUGGCAGGAGACUCAGUCGGGAUGCUUCCUCUUUCUUGACUGCUUCACCUCCUGAUAUCAAUAGCAGAAGGUCUAGCUAUUUGGAUAUAGGGACAAAACUAGGUAAGAGCCCCAUUUUAUCCAUAGAAAACCUCUCAGACUGCAGCAAGUAUUCUGAACCGAUGAGAAAGCUAUCUGAUUCUGAGAGCAUCGGUAAGAAGUUAGCAACGAUACCGAGGUACCAAGACUCGAUAGAUAAGCACCGACUGCAACCACAGUAUAGCUUGACACUUGGAAAGAGUGACGAAACGUUGACUAAAGCAGAAAGGCCAGAUCAAAUAGUGACAGCCAGAAGUUUCAACAACGUCUCAGAUGCCAAUGAUAAAAGCAACCUGUCGGAUGAUGAGAUAGCUAGGAGAAAUAAGCAGACAAUUGAACAGUUCCAUGGACUUAUAGGAAAAAAUGCUGCCAAACAACAGGGCAAGAGUAGUCAAGGGAAUAGGCAGAAUACCAAUCCACAUAUAAGGAUUGAAGUGGAAGAUACCACUAAGGAUGAACCUCAAGCACCAGCGCGUCAUCCACCCCUGAGAAGAAGCAAGAUGCGGCAUCAAAGUCUCGGAGAAACGUCAAGCCAACCACCAGAGCCAAGCAAAAGGAUUCGGCCACCAGAACAUUCCAAAUCUCUGGACAGCAAUCCUGGUGAUAAACCAAGAUCAAGGUCUCGAUCGAGGUUGCAAGAGGACGACUUACCUCCUGCGCCUCCCCCUCCAAACUGUUCACCGAGGAAUUCGGAUGGGAGGUCUCCCCUUGAAAGGCUUUCUAAGGACGAGCUGGUACUCCUCUGGAGAAGCUCAGAGUCUGAGCUCCGAAGCCAUCUCCUGAAGGCGUUAAGAGACAAGGAUGAGCCGUCAGACCCGCCUUGAGGCACAAGAAAAGCCUAGUUUGGUUAGAUUGAAGUCACACCGAACGAAACGGGUGUUUACUCUUCUGUUUUAAGACGUGCUCGAUUGAAACGCGCACCGCUUUCAAAACACAAAUAAGUUGGUGCCUGGCAUGGCCUUAGCAUUGUAGAGUGAUAUCAAACGACCACUAGUGUUAGAGCCUUUUAUCUUUGGGGUAGAGCACCUCAUCGCCUUUUCUUAUAGGACUGGUUCUUUAGCUAUAAAGACGUUGCCUUGGUUAAGAUGACUCGGGUUUCACUUUUCUAUAGAGUACUUAGAUGACGUCAAAUGGAAUACGUAAAUAAUAUUGCAAUAGAUAUAAAUAUACGUCAUCAUUAAUUUGGUGUUAAAAUUUCAGUGUAUAUGUACAGUUUCACAGAAUAUGUGAAGGAGCAGUCUCUCGGAUAUACAUAUGUGGAAUGCAGAGAAUAAUAAGGGUCUAUAACAACUGCGAGCCCAUUCUACACUGGUAUCGAGGCCUUUGAGAGACGUUUAGUCAAAAAUCGUCAAAAUGUGCCAAUAAGUAGCAGAUAUAUUAGACAGUUAUCGAUUUUUUUUCUCAAAUUAAAGCCUUUCUAGGGAGACGCCUUUCAGAGGUCUGCAUCACUGUACGAGACGUUCGUAGGGCAUUUUUAUAGAAACCUUACUCAAAUCUUUUCAUGCUUCAUGCAUAUUCAAUUUCAUAUUUUGAAACACCGUGUACAAUGCACAGCCAAUCUUGUUGACUUAUCCCUGACCCAUUUUAUUGAAAAAGCACUCCAUUUUGACAGCUUGCACCUUCGCAGCUGUUAUUGCUAGAGUGCUGAAUGUGUCGCCAGAAAAAUUGUAUGGCCCACUGUAUCCUGUUCCAACCUUUUUUGCGGGUGAUCAAGAACGCAAAAUGAAUAGUUUCACGAUACCUUUAAUUAGAGCAAGCUGAAUAAUUUCACAUUUCUGGAUUGCCAUUUAUGCAGCCUUUUUUAUAUAAGGCUUACAUAUAAUUGUAUGACUAGUUUUUGAGUUUAAUUGACGUAUAUAUCCAUUAUGAAUAAAAUCUGCGUAGCCUUAUGCAAUUAAGUCGAAAAGUCAAGAAGGUGUACCCUGGGUUUUUAGUAAACAGUCGUACCAACCCCAAUAAAGCAUACCCGUAUACCAGAACAAAGCAUUUAUUUAUUUAUUUAUUUAUUUCCAACAGGUGAAACCCAAUUACAGGAAAUGCUGAAAAAAACAACAAUUAAAGAGACAUGGUUCUUGGACUUAAAUCUAUAGUAUCACACAUUCUAAAUAAGAUUGGAUGAUCUAUAGCAGUUAAUAAUCGAUG